AUGCCUCCUCAACAACAAGACAAAACAUGCCCACCACCACCACCACCACCACCCCCCUCAAACCCAUCCACAAAAAUCUCCCCCUACGUCCAAAACCUCCGCUCCACGCCACCCUCCUACCUUUCCCAACCCCCAAAACCAGUCGACCAUUCUGUCCCCGCGCCAACAGGCACAUACUUCUUCUACGGCACGUUAUCUGACCCAUCCCUUCUCGCUGAGAUCCUGAGUUUGGGUGAAGAACCGGUCUUCAGGCCUGCUUUUGCCAGGGGGUUUGAGUGUAUGCUGUGGGGGCAGUAUCCGGCGUUGGUCUCAUCUGGGUCUAGAUCUGAUUCGGAGUCUAGUUCAGGUUCAGGGUCAAAUUCAGGAAGUGUUGUCGAAGGCGCAGCCUAUCACGUCCAAUCCGUACAACACGCAGAGCGUCUUGUGGAGUAUGAGACGGGGAGUUAUCGCGCUGAGGCGUGUGUUAUCAGGUAUGCGGAUGGGGAGGAGCCGAGGGAGGAGCGUGGGUUUGUUUUUGUGUUUGUAGGAGAUAGGAGGGAGAUUAGCGAGGGGAGGUUCGAUUUGAGGGUUUGGUUGCGGAGGAUGGGGAGGGGUGGUGCGGUGGAGAGGUUGGAUGAGAGGAGGGUUGGUGAUGAUGGUGGGACUGGGUGA